ACCAAAAGCAGCCUGGCGAUGGCGAUGGUCGACCAGCGACGCGACGACGUUCCCAAAAUGUAAACAACAUUUUCCUCCUGCCCUGAUGCACUUAUUCAACUCUGACAGUUCUUAUCAGCCAUUCAAAACAAAUGCGUGAGCAGAAAAAUUGAAGAAAUAUAACAAAUAGUGGAUUAACUACAGUAUCGAAGAAGUAGCUCGGUUCUGUUACGUGUUGUGGAGAGGCAGUGGUUGUUGGAAAAAUCAGAAAAAGGAAAGUGUGUUGCAGACGCAGACUAGUCGGGUUAUUGUGGCCCCGUUUUUUGUUUAUCCAUUCGGAAAAAAACUGCGUAAAAUUUGUUUUCAGCUUCUUCGAUAAGACGGUGCCAGGGCUUGGGAAAACUUGAGCGCAUUCGCGGGGCUUCCGGACUACUUCCUGCUGCGUGUAUGUUGAAAUGUGAACUCUGCGGCCGCGAUGGGAUUCAAAAGUGGAGUGGAGCGGAAUUCUUCCUUCCGGAGUAGUCGCUUGCAGCAGGAUGAAAACGAUGAUGAUGGCGACAGUGGGGAUCGAGAGUUCCUAGGGCUUUCGACGACGAUUGCCUUGCAGCGGUUGCACGAUGACAUCGAAACGGUACUGGUGGCAUACGAGGAACGAUAUGCACGGCGAGGAUGGUUCCUGAAGCUUAAGACGCCCUUCGUUGGAAACCUUACAAGUGCCUUCAGCUGGUUCUCCUUGCUGGCCACGGUUAUCAUCGUAUCGGCUUUUUUCGUCAUUGGCCAUAUCUUUUCGGCUGCUUUCGUUCUGGCUCUGGUAACUGUUACCACGGUGAUAAUUGUUCGGGAAAGCAAUUUGAGGCAGACAGAAAUCUUCCGGAAGGUGCGCAGCGUUCUGUCAGAGAUAAAAUCUGGCACAGCUCUGUGCAGCGAGUGGACUUCCAACAAUUAUCCGCACCUGUGCAGUCCGCUGUCCCCUUGUGUAACCCUGCAGUGGACGUAUCGUGAUGGCAAAAUUGUCAAUCUUCCCUGGGCGUUGCUCGUUCGAGGGGACUUCAUAGUUAUGAGACCAGGUCAGGUGUCACCGGGAACUUGUUCGGAGCACGGUGGAAAGCGAUCUUUCAAAUGUGGAGAAACCUAUGGUCUUACCGAAGCACUCGAUCCCCCGAAAAAACCUACCGCACGACCUCCGAUGCCGGACCUCACCUGCAUCAUCGAAGUUACACCGUACCUGGAUAAUCUGAAAACUACCCUCGAUAACUUCCUGAAGCGGCCACCAACUAUCAUCAACCAGCAAAGACAUCUACUCAUAACCAAAUGUAUCCAUCAGUGGGGCUUCCUGGUGGUUCUUUUCUUUACCCUAACCGUUGGAAUUCUACGAUAUCUAGGCUUCUACUUCAACGGUAAAGUACCCACAAACUGGAAAAACGUGUUCAUCCUAAAUCCCUCCUCUGCCCUUCUUCCCAUCCUUCCUCUCAUUUUCCCCCUCCUCUGGAUCACCAUCAACAUGUGGGGCACGGCCCGGCUGGAGACGCUGCUCGCCAUCCCGCAAGCCAUUAUGCGAGCCGAGGCACAAAAGUCCUUCCAGGAGGAUCUGGACACACCGACCGGGGACCUGGACCACGUAAAGCUACCGCGCCGCAUGGUCGCGUACUACUGGUGGCAACUGUUCCUGGGCCGAAGCGAGCUGCUCAGCCGUAGCGCCAACGUCGUUCAGGUGCUCGGAACUAUUACGGCUCUCUGCUGCGUCGAUAAAAAGGGCAUCUUAUCGUGGCCGAAUCCAACGGCGGAGAAAGUCUUUUUCCUUCGAAACGGCUCCAACGACGAAAACCACAACUCGGAACACUCGGAACAAAGUAGUCUCAACUCACAGUGCUGCCAGGAACACUACCACCCACUCUCGCAUAUAAUCGAGCUGAACUCAACGAAAGAAGGAGCCGGAGCAAUCGCGGAAGUGCUGGACCUUACCCACGAUCAACACAGUCCGUUCAAGCUGGAAUUCGACGACCACGACUACAAGAAUUACCUGAACUCGCUGAAACCUUUGGGUUUGGCGAUUCUGGUCAACACUUGCUGCCCGCUGACCCAGGCCCACUACGCCCGGUUCUGCGGCCACGUGACAGCAGUGGCCAUGCUGGACAAGGACCUGGUCCCGGUGACCAACCGGUAUGCGAUAGUAGAGUCGAGUUUGAAUAGCUUUAUGCAUGGACGCUGCUUGUGCGAACUGGCUCGGCAGAUCGGCUUUACACCGCGGGCCCGGGACAUCUUCUCCCUGGAGGGCCAGAUCUCCAGCUAUCGACAUUUGCAACCGGACGUCGUUCGGCGGGACAUCAAGUUCGCCCGGUCGCUGCAGCUGGCGGCCAAGGUUAAGGUACCGUUUCCGCACUCGCUGUCGGUGGUGAUGCGCGAAACUCCGGGCGGAUCGUUGCAGCUGUUGACCCAGGGGACGGCUGAUAUUGUACUCGAUAGCUGCGACGACUACUGGGACGGGCGGGAUCUUCAUCCGCUGACCGAGAAGGAACGCAAGAGGGCCCAGGAUUUCUACCAGCGGAGUGCGCUGACGGCUUACUGUACGGCUUUUGCGUAUAGGCCUUUGCGGCACGGUAUUACAGGGUCUUUGUCCGGGGGAACAGAGGAAGAUGUGGCGUAUUUGGAGCUGCCGGCCGAGAGUAAGAAUCGAAAAGAGUUCUACAAUAGGGAUCAUAUGAGUGAAUUCGAGAAUGGUGGGGCUCCGUUGACGCAUCACUCGAUCAGCACCGAUUCGCUCCUGUUCAGUGAGAACAAGGACGAGGAUAUCUCGGAUGUGGAUGGGUGUUUUGAAAUGAUGCGGCACCAGGUGUUCAUUGGAAUGAUAACGAUGCAGUACCAGGCUCAGACGGAUAUCGUACAGUUGAUCGAGCGGUUAGAUCGGGCCUGUAUUCGGUUUGUGCACUUUAGUAAGGAGAAUGAGCUACGAUCCAGGGUGUUUUCGGAAAAGAUGGGACUGGAAUCCGGUUGGAAUUGCCACAUUUCGCUCCUGAGUGACAGUGAUAGUGGAGUUCCGACUCCCACGAAAAACCUAGAGUUUAAGAUCCAUCCGUCUGGGUCCAACGGCCAUAAUCCGAAUGUGGAGGAAGAAAACGAACUAAACAAGCUGUUGCCAAAUAUGGAUGGAUCUAAGGCGCUAAGCUCUUCGGCUCCAGGAGCGAUCUCCAAUCCGGACUCCAGUCUUCUGGAUCCGCAAGGUGCUGUUGAACAUAUCAAAACUCCAUCAAUGGACCACUACAAUGGUAACUUUGAGCUGCGGGAUUUAAAACACCAUCAUAACCAUCACCACCGAAGAGCUUCACAAGAUUCGGCCUUGGACUGUGCUGCCAAUGAUGAAAACUGUCGAUCGUUGAGCUGUCUGACAGACAGUACCGAACAAAGUGCACCGAUCAACUUCGACAUGUCCAAUCGUGCCAAACUUCCUCGCGGAAUAGAGAACAUUCGACCACACCUAGAAAACGUUGAUAACGUGCCAUUGCUAGUUUCGCUAUUUACCGAUUGCUCUGCCGAAGCCACUCGGGAGAUGCUCAAAAUUAUGCAACAAUACGGAGAAAUUGUCGUAUGUUUAGGUUCCUCGGCAUCCAACUCUAAUUCGGAAAUAUUUCUGCAGGGUGACUGUUCGAUUGCGAUCGAACCUCUAUACCCACAAGUCUGCCAAGAUUACCCGGCAUACAAUGAGUCGAAUAUCUACAAUAACAAAGGCAAAAACAAACAGGCCUCUCGCAACAAAAACUUCUUAUCAAUCCCGGAAAAAGUUGUAACUAUCUCGCCAGUCUACCUCAGCCGAAUGUUGAACUCGAUCUCCUGCUCAAUCUCUACCUGUCGGGACGAUCCCAUCUCGAUUGUUGCAGUCAUUGAGCUGUCACGCCGCUUCAUACAGGGUCUCUGGAGCUGCCUUCAAUUCUGGGCCUGCUGUGCCGUAUCGUUAGCCGUCAUGAACACCAUCACCGCCAUCCUGUCUCUUCCACCCAUGGUCAUCCCGCAUCAUAUCCUCUACCUUAUGUGCUUCGCUGUUCCACUCAUCUCCCUGUCUCUGCUCCGUAUUGAGGCAGAUCCAGCAAUCAUGAAAAGAGCUACUGGCAAGAAGACAACGUCUCUCGAUUCCCGGCUGGUCAUUUUCGUGUUCUGGUGCUAUGGCAUAAAAUUUGCCCUCGUGGUCCUGUUCAUGGUAGUCUCGUACUGUUCCUUCCUGUCCCAUCCGAUCGAAAUCUUCUCCGACGACGAGGAGGAUGUACCGGAAAAUUUCGUCAAAGACCUGUCCGUCGCCCGCAGCUUCAUCCUGCUGGGAAUCGUCAUUCACUUUGUCAUCAUUUCGUCUUCCUUUGUGCAUCGAGACUACAGCAGCUUCAAGAAGAGUCCCUUCAGUAACCUGGCCUGGGUAUCGGUUACGGCCGGGCUGCUGCUGUUCCACACGCUCACGAUUGUCGUUCAUAUCGUGACCGACGACUACUACUGGCAGGAAAUGGACCGAGUUUGGCCCAUCGUGCUGUUCCUGCUGUUCACAGCGGUGGUAACGUUCACGUUGACCGAGUUCUUCAAAUGGGAGGAAAUUAAGGUCAACAAUCGAUACUAUCGGCGGGCUCGGUUGGAUUUCGGAACCAAGCUCGGUAUGAACUCUCCAUUCUAAACCAACCACUAUCCAACCAGCUGGUACUUAGCGGUAACCAACUGUAUUCAACUAAGGCACACGUAACCGUAACUUAAAGGAAACUGUCAACUAAAGUAGCAACUGCUAAAGAACGUAAGACAACACCGAAAACCGAUAAAAGACUUGUCAAAAAGGAAACUGCAAACAAUUAGGUGUAGUAGCUGUUCAAUUCAAACUAAUAUCAAGUACUUACACACAAGCGUACGCGGAAAUCGAGAAUGGAAAUACCAAUUUACAGCGAUAGUCGCUAUAUAUCAAUACGUGGUUGUUUAUUUAGAUAAACUAUAGCAGCAAAUAGUGUUGUAAGAUCUAUUGUUUUUAUUUAUACAAUCAUCUUUGUAUAGAGAAGCACCGAGUUUACCGAAGAGAGAGGAUCGAUUUUUAAAGUGUUUAUAUUCGUAACUAUAUAUUUACAGAGUUUUCUUCCCUUACGAGAAAGCGUGAUUUUGUGUGUUCAGUUUACAAAUCCGGAAUGAAACUUUGCUUAUCUCAAUCAUUUUCUGUCCGCGAUCUAUUCGAAGCCAGUGAAUCGAGCACUAAAAUUGUCGUUAGAACGCCUUUUGGUUCCAAUAAAAACUAUAUAUUUAAUGUAA